CGUUAUUUUUAUUCAGUGCGUGAUUGCAAUUCGAAAUGGCAAUACGACAUCGGCCAUCUUGCUGAAAAGCAACGAAAACAACUCUUUUAACAGAAAAGGUUGUCUCAUCGUUUGCUGAUCGACGCUGAUUUUCAAUAAAAGGAUUUUACGCACGAAGAUUUGCUAUUAAAAGGAGUAUUUAUUUGCAGUUCUAGUGGCAAAAACUGGAGUCGUUUGUUGGACAUUCUAUUUCUACUGGCAGGGGCCUCGGCCUGCACACAACUUGCAGCUUGUAUGUAGGAAGUUAAUUGGCCAUACGCUACAAUAGGGAACCUGUCCAGCGAGCAGCUUGCCGGUUUGAUACAUAUUUUUCGUCGUGUUCUUCAGUCUUACUACAUCAUUUCAACUUGACCUCAUCGGGAAGUGAGCAGAUCUGGAACAUUUACAGCUGUCGUGUGGAGACUACAGGAGCAAGCAUGUCCUCUGUGCACUACAAGUUUAAGAGUAGCAUUGACUACGACACAGUGACCUUCGAUGGCCUCCAUAUUUCCUUGGGUGAUCUUAAAAAGGCAAUCAUGGAACAAAAGAAAAUUGGCAGAGUGGAGUUUGACCUUCAAGUGACUAAUGCACAAUCUUCGGAAGAAUACAAGGGAGAGGGUGAUCUCAUUCCCAAGAAUGCAUCAGUACAAGUCCGCAGAGUCCCACUUGGUGGAGUUGGAGCAAACCUGGUCGCGGCGCCUACCAAAAUGGAAGGAACAUCUGCAAAAGCUGGUCUAAAGAUGACUAUAGCACAACUAAGCAAGAGAGCAGAUCUGGUGUCCAUAGAUGCUUCUGAAGAUGACAAGAUAUCCGCCAUGGUCAUGCAGGCUGGCCAGGAAUACAACCCCUCAAGGUAUAUUGACACAAGGCAGCUGAACCGCAAUGCCCCACCCCCACGAAACUACAUCUGCCACAAGUGCAACAAGGCUGGACACUUCAAGCACAGGUGCCCCAAUAUAAAUAAUGAUGAUGAUAAUAAGAGUGGAUACACAAGUCGUCCUAUGAUGAUGAAGUCCAGCGCAGGAAUCCCAAGAUCCAGAAUGACAACGUUGGACAUACCCAUGAUGGACCUGCAAGCAUACCUGAUAGGCAAGAAGGAGAAGCCGCCCUUCGUCAAGAGCAGCACACCGGAGCCAGAGGAGGAGCAACCAGAGAUUCCAGACGAACUGCUCUGUAAGCUUUGUGAGAACCUGAUGACCGAUGCUGUCCUCAUCCCGUGUUGUGGGAAUAGCUUCUGUGAUGAAUGUAUACGUAACUCUCUGCUAGAGACAGAUGAUCACACAUGUCCUAUAUGCAAUGAGCAGGACGUAUCGCCUAAUUCCCUUGUGCCAAAUCAGCAACUCAGAAAGUCUGUGCUAAGCUUCAAGAGUGAAACCAGCUACGUGCGACGCCCAAAGCCCAAGCCUCAGCAACCUCCCCUACCCCCGCCCCAAACUCAAGAGGAACCACCUCCACCCCCUCCCCCCUCUACCUCUGCACCCCCAUCAGAACAAAGAGGAGAGAGGAGCCACGGCUCCUGGGAGGAUGACCGAUGGCACUCCAAGCCAAGAAAUGAAGGAGACUGGAAACGUGAUGACAAUUAUAGGGGGGAGAGCGGCUCUUAUUACAGAGGAAGAGGGAGAGAAUCAUACAGACCGUACAACUCUCGUCCAUAUCAUCACAGGUCCUACAAUGACUAUAAUGAUAGGGAAUACUCAAGAAGGGAAUAUGGUGGACAAAGCAAUGAACAAUCAGAGUCUAGUGAGUCAGGAGGAUAUCAGGCUCAUCAACAACAUCAUCAUCAACCUGAAGCCCCCCAGCAUCCUCCUCCUGCAACAUCGCUUGCCCCUCCUGUAGGGCAUCACCAACAACCUCCAACCCUGCAACAACCUCCAACCCUGCAACACCCUGCAACACAUCUUCACCAGCCUCCUCCGUCCGAGCAACAUUCACAAAAACUUGGUCUGCCUUUGAUACAGGCUGUUCAACACGUGCCACAGCCUGGUCAGCAAGCACCACAACCAGGGCAACAUCCCCCGCAACCUGGUCAAUAUCUACCACAACCUGGCCAACAUCCACCACAACCUAUUCAUCACCCACCACAGCCUGGGCAACUUCCCCCGCUACCUGGUCAAGUUCCCCUGCAACCUGGUCAACAUCCACCACAGCCUAGUCAACAUCCCCCACAACCUGGUCAACAUCCACCACAGCCUGGUCAGCAAGCAUCACAGCCAGGGCAACAUCCACCACAACCUAGUCAUCACCCACCGCAGCCUGGUCAACAUCAACCACAGCCUGGGCAACUUCCCCCACAGCCAGGGCAACAUCCACUACAGCCUGGGCAACAUCCCCCGCAACCUACUCAACAUCUGCCACAGCCAGGGCAACACCCUCCGCAACCUGGUCAACAUCUGCCACAGCCAGGGCAACAUCCGCCACAGCCAGGGCAACUUCCCCCGCAGCCUGGUCAACUGCCACCACCAGGGCAACAUCCACCACAACCUGGUCAACAUCCGCCACAGCCUGGUAUACAUCCACCACAACCUGGUCAACAUCCUCCACAGCUAGGGCAACAUCCACCACAACCAGGUCAACUUCCACCACCAGGGCAACAUCCACCACAACCAGGGCAACAUCCACCACAACCUGGUCAACAUAAUUCACCAGCCCAUACCAGCGCCAUACCAACAUCUGUACACCAAGUUCAUCAAACAGUGCUUGCUACUGCUCAACCGGCACAUGCCACAGCCCAAGGGACAUCACUGCCCCCUCCAACCCAGGCACCAACACAGACAGCUCAUUCCCAGCCUCCACCAGUGAUGGCAGGCCAAGCUCCUCCUGUUGUCGUAGAUUUCACCCAACCCCCUCCAGGUCUCCAGGAUGUUAGUGCUCCUGUCAUCGUAGACUUCAGUAAGCCACCACCCAUCAAUACAGCACCUCCAGCAGAAGCAGCGGUAGUUGCAGCAGCACCUCAGCCAGAAGUCUCAUCUCAAGAAACCAAACCUCAGAGUCAAGACUCGGCAUAUUUAUCUGAUCAAGCAAAGAGUGAUACGCAACCUGAUCAACCAGAAAAAGUGAAGGAUGAUGUAGCUGCAGAAAUGGAAAAAUUUUGUCAAGCUCAGAAGAGGAAAUUGCGUGGCUCUUAUUCCAGGUCAAGCAGUUCUGGGUCUUGGAGUAGCAGAUCAAGGUCAAGAUCAGGUUCAUGGAGAAGAUCACGGUCUCGCUCCUGGUCCCGCUCAGGAUCCAGCUACAGGUCUUGGAGUAGAUCUCGCUCAUGGACACGUUCACGAUCACGUUCCUUUUCACGUUCUCGCUCUCCACAGCGCAGGGAUAGACCACGGAGAGAAAGGUAUAGAUCAAGAGAAAGGUCAUACUCCCCCAGACAUCGUCAGAUGUCAAGAGAACGAUAUAUGCAGAGGGGGGAUAGACCGUACCAACGGAGGAGAGACCACUCGCUAUCACCGCAACCAGAUUUCAGGCGAAGAGGAAGAGGGAGAGGCAGGUAUUACAAUCAGAGAGGAUAUUCAUACCGAGGUCAUCAGAGGUUUGGACCAAGGUUUCCUCGAUAUGACGAUCGGAGUAGACAGUAUGACCAAUAUGACCAGAGGAACAAUGAUCAACCUCCCUUUGACAGGUUCAAUCCUCCAAACAUGCCUCCCGGUCUUCAUCCAGGUGGACCACCAAAUGGACCUCCAGGUCCCCAGGGGCCACCUUAUGGCCCACCAGGAGGACCCCCUGGACCUCAGAGACCUCCAAAUGCUCCACCAGGUUUCCCACCCCAUGGGCCUCCACAGAGACCUCCACAGGAUCAUCAAGGUCCCCAGCAGCAGGGCUCUCAGCAGCAGGGUCCUCGGCAAGGUGGUCCACCACUAAUGCCACCACCAGGUCUACCCCACCCAUCUACACUUCCACCACCACCACUUUUUCCCAUGCUCCCCCCACCUGGUCUCCCUCCACCAGGUCUUCCUCCACCAGCUCUCCCUCUACUUAACUUCCCUCCAUUCGAUCCAGAGAGGGGACCACCUCCCAGACCAUUUGGAGACUUCCCGUUUGAUCCUAGAUUUGAGGAUCAGAGGGAGGAUAGAAGGGACAAUCCAUAUUGGGGACAGUCUCGGGAUUCCAGGUACCCUCCACCAGACCAUAGAUACCCUCAUCCAGAUGGACCACAACCUGUUUAUGCAGACGGAGAUCCUCAAGGUAGAGAGCGCAGACAUAGAGAGCGUAGGGGAAGAGACCAUGACAGAAACAAAAAUAGAAGUAAAAGUACGGACAGGAAAGCCAGAGACAAGGAAGGCAAUUCUGAAGAUCGAAAGGAGAGGGAAAAGAAAGAAGAACGUAAAUCAAAGUCUCGUCAAUCCAGUGAAGAAAAGAAGUCUGGAGACAAGAAAGGGACUCCAAAGGAAGAGUCUUGUCAAAAAGAUGAGAUUACAAAAGAUGGUAGCAGGUCUAAAGACAGAGAAAGGAAACAUGAACAACAUAAAGAAAGAAAGAGUGAUCAUGACAAAGAUAGGAAAAAUGAGCAGGAUAGGGGUAAGGAUUCAACAGAAGACGGAGAACAGGGGCGAGAGCGUGAAAGAGAUAGGGACCAAGAAAAGGAUAAGGGUAAGGAUGCAACAGUAGACGGAGAACAGGAUCGAGAGCGUGAACGAGAUAGGGAACAUGAAAAGGACAGAGGCAGAGAGCGAGAUCAUGGCAGGGAUAGAGAAAGAGAUCUUAGAAGAGUCAGGGAUGAUGAAAGACACAGAGAUCAAGAUAGGGAGAACAGACAUGAAAAAGAUGGAUUACCUGAAGUGGAUCAAGAACGUUAUGACAGCGAAAAAGCCAGAUAUGAAAAUGAAAGGAGGUACUACGAAAGUCAACGAUAUGAAAGGGAAAGGGAAAGAGCCAGACAUGAAGCUGACCGGGGUUAUGAUAGGGAAAGACAAAGGCACCCUGACAGGGACAUCCUCAGGGAAAGGGUUCGAUACAGAGAAAGGGAUGUUGAUCGAGAAAGAGAAAGACCUCGUGAUGACAGGGAGAGGGAAACUCGCCGAGAUGGAGAUAGAGAAAGGGAUCGACCAAGAGAAUAUGAAAGAGAAAGGGAAGAUGAUCCAGACAGUGAAAGACUAUAUGAUCGGGAAAGAGGACAACACCAAGAAAGAGAGAGAGACAAUGAUAGAUAUAAGGAAAGAGGUAGGAGUAAGGAGUAUCCAGAGGAUACCGAAAGACACAAGAGAAGGGAUAAUGAUCUGGACAGACAUAGGAGGACAGACAAGGACUAUGACGUGGAACAGGAAGAAAGAGUACGUCAUGAGCAGAUAGGCGAUGAGAAAUACUCCGAAGAGAAGGAAAGAGAUAGGGAAUCCAAGCACAGACAUAAACAUAGGCACCGAGACAAGAAGAGUCAAGAGAGUGAACAUGCAAGGAGUGCUGAUGAGAAGAAAGACUCCAGAAAAUCUGUGGACCGUUCAAAGAGUCCAGACAAGGAGGAUCAUUCUGAAAAGGAAAGUAACAAAGGUGAUGAAGUUUCUAGAGAAUCUAAAAAGGAACCUGAAGUGAAGAAGACUAAGAAGAAGAAGAAGCAAAAAGAGACGGAGGGAAAAACCAAGAAAACCAAGAAACAUAAGAUCAAAACUGAUGGAGAGAAGAGUAAGGAGUCACACGAUGAGGAGCCACCUGAAAAAGAAAAGAAGGGUGAGAAGGUGAAGAAGACAAAGAAAGUCAAAGAUGCUGAGAAAUAUUCUAGCGAACCAAAAGUGAAGAAAUCAAAAAAGAAGAAGCCCAAAUCUGUUGUAGUUAGUGACGAUCAUGAUAAAGGCACUGUGAAGAAUUCUCUAAAAUCAGCUGUGAAUAUUGUGGAUUAUGCAAGCACCAGUUCAGCGGGAUACAGUCCAAAAUCCAGAGUCCAAACGAUGACAAACUCACCCCUACCCAAAGGCUCUAAGCUAGAGGGCAGACUUGGAGGAACAGUUGGCGACAGUAGGCGUGUUGUCGUAGCACGGUCACCAGACAGAGGCAUGGACAAGUCCCCGGCCCGACACUCCAGCACCAAGUCCUACAAGAGAACUGUGAAACAGAUUGAUACUAAACCCAUGAAAAUUAAGGAAGAGAGGAUUGAAGAAGAGGAACUUGAUGAAAGAGUCAAAGUCAAAGAAAAGUCAAAGAAGACAAAAGUUAAGGUGAAGAAAGAGAAAUCGAAACAACUGAAACGCAAAAGCAGUGAUGUUAACCCUAACAAAGAACAUGUCAAGAAGAUUAAGGUAGAGAAAGAAAAGUGUAGUGAUGAUGAUAGAGAAGCUAGUCCCGAGAAGAAUCUCACAAAAGAUGAAAAGAUGGAUAUUAAUGAUGAAAAGAAGGUGGUCAAAUUAAAAGAGGACAUUAAAGAGGAGAAACAGGUUGAUAGUGACAGUAACAAGAGCAAGAUAAAAGAUUCUAUUGUUGAUGACCAGAAAGUGACCAGUACUACAGAGAAGAAACCAAGCAGCCCCACCGAGGUGAAAAAAUCCGGAGCCUUGAUCGACUUGGGACACGAUGAGGAACAGUUUGAUCCCGACUACGAGGAGGAUGCUGAAGACAUGGAUCACCACCAUCACGAGGCCAAGAAACCACGACCAAGCGUCGAUGAGGAGGACUCCGAACACUCCACGCAGAGCGAAGAAGAGGAAGAAGAGGACGACGACGACGACGAGGAUGACGGGAGUGCCUCAGCCAGCCCUACCCGAAGCGAGAAGGACAGUCAGGUGAAAGAGAAGAGCCACAAGAAACAUCGCAAACACAAGAAGCAUCACAAGAAACACAAGAAGAGUAGCAGCAGCAGCAAGAAGCAUGAAGAAGCGGAGAAGAAAUCCUCUUCCCACAAGCAUAAACAUAAGAAAUCAAAGAAGUCUAAAAAGAGUAGUAAAUAGUUAUAAAUGAAGUUUAUUCUGAAUCCAUAUAUAAUUGUCGACAAAUAUUACAUACUAAAUUAUUUUUGUUAAAAAAAUAUAAAGAGACUGAGGAGGAAUAAAACAAGUGAAUGUGUUACCGUAUUUGCCGGCGAUAAAGCCGCACUCCAACUUUGACAUUUCAAAGAGGAAAAAAAAAGAAAAAAAAGGAAAACAAACAAACGGA